AUUUUUCAAACGAGUGAACUGGCAACAUGUCAAGCCCCCAGAACAACAACAACAGCAGCUGGAUCAGUUGGUUCUUCGGGAUAAAGGGCAACGAGUUCCUCUUCCGCGUGCCCAUCGACUACAUUCAUGAGACGUUCAACCAGAUGAGCCUGGAGUACUUCACCGAGACACUGCAAGUAAUCCUGAAUCCGGUGUUCGACAGUUCCUUGGACUGGGUCUUCGGCGAUGAGGAGAAGUGGUACGGCAUGAUCCACGCCCGAUACAUCAUGUCGGAGCGAGGCGUGGAUGAUAUACGCCAAAAGUAUAAGAAAGGGGACUUCGAGGUGUGUCCAAAGCUCACCAAUAGGUAGAAAACCCUUCCUGUAACGACUUUUACGAGCUGCGAUC